UUCGACAUACUUUACAGACUUUUUUCAAAAUGAUCUAUGGCUUUAAAACAAGUGUUUUUACAUGCUCAUUCCUUUCACUUUUCUAAUAUAUUUCGACAUGCUAAGCUAUGACUUUUUUCAGACGUCAUACAAAACGUCCUUAUUACUAAUGCGCCAUCGACUGUAUUGACUGCGCAUGUCAGACAUUACUCAACAAACAUGGCGGCCCCCUACGUGACAGCAGUCAGGACUUUAAUGAAAGGCGUUUGCUAUUUUCCCGGUCGGUGGAUAAGGCAAAGGAGCCAAACCCCGACAGUAUGUCAGUGUUUGCAGCUACAUGUCUCCCCUGCUGCCUCUCUGUGCAGCUCCAAGACCGGGCCACAUAGCAAAGCCAACCCCUGCACGGACGACAGAAGAACUGAGGAGCAAGAGGAGGAGGAGGAGGGUCCUGAAUACAUCCCCAGGAGAAAGGCAAAGAACCCCAUGAUGCCGAUUGGCUAUGCCUGGAUGAUAGGCCUACCCGCAGGUAUCAUCGGCUUCCUGCUGACCAAGAGAGAAGUGGACAAGAACAGACUGAAGCAGCUGAAGGUCCGACAGAGGAUGAGAAUGUCAAACGAUGGAGAAUAUGAUGGGAGUCGCUACCACCAGUAUAAAGAGGAUGUCAAGCUGGACCGAUGAUGCACAUGUAUGGCUGCAAUGUUAUGCAAAAUAUCCUAAAUGUCACCACUGAGACGUUGAAUCCACUGCACUGCAGCAAAAAGACUGAAUACAGAAGAAAACUUCACAAGUUUAAAAAAACUCUGAGUAUUUAUUUCAGAGGCAAAAACAAGAAAUUGUUCUUGUGACAGCUGUUUUUGUUUUUAGGCAGAUUUGAUUUUUCCUGCUUAUGUACAGAUGAUAAUGGAUCACUUCAUUGAAUCUGGAGAAAGAUCACUUAUUUGAUUGAUGCUGAUGUUCUUUAAAUAUGAUAAAGCGAAUAAAUGUACAGUGGGGCAA